AUGUCCACCAACGCUAGAUCUGAAGAAGAAAGACAACUUUCUUUUGUUUUCAAUGAUCUGAAAAGGGAUAUCAACUUAGACGAUACAGGACUUGUUGAUGCUGAAUCCCCCACGGUUUCUUGCCAGGUUGGCCAGCGGUGCACCAUCAAGACGGAUGACCAACGAAAAAACUAUCUUGUGCCUGCUGUUUACGGUCAACCUAAAGUCAUCACAUGCCACUUCGACACAAGUUCCCCAGCUGACGUCGUAUUUGGGCUAAUUGACAGUGGCGGACAGUCGCCUUUGAGCCCGAUUUCAAAGUAG